AUGUAUCAGUAUGCAAAAUAUAAACCAACAAGAAGUGAAACAUGGAUCAUUGGUGAUGGAUUUGAAGAAGAGGAAGAUGAAGAUACAACCAUUAUCAAAAAGUUAAAAGAAGAUAUCAUACGAUUAUUGAUCGUAAGUUGUUUGUUGUUGUUAGUAUCAUUACCUACAUUUGUAGUAGUUGGUGAAAAGACAGCAGAUGAUGAUCAUCUCAUAAGUUGUGGUGGGUUUGUAAAGGUAUCAAAGAAUCUACCCAAAUCAAAGAUCACCUAUGACGACAUCAAGAUUAGGUUACUUUCAAAGGCUGAUAUGCGUGUUAGAGAAGAGACUGAAUGUGCUCCAAACGGAUACUACUUUCUACCCAUCUAUGAACGUGGUGUUUAUAUUCUUCAAAUCCAAGGUCCUCAAGGUUGGACAUUUGCAAAGAAUGAAAUAGAAAUUAAUGCACAAAAUGUUGAUGACUUUAAAGAGGAUAUUAACUUUGAAUUAACUGGAUUUCAAUUAAGUGGAAUGGUUUCAAGUCAAGAUUGUGAAGAAUCUUUACAUCGAUUGGUUUCGUUGGAGGGUGUCAAAGUAUCGCUUAAAUCAUCUAGUUUGGGGGUUGUUGCCGAGACAACCACUCGAGUCAGUGGACAAUACGUGUUUGAAGAUAUUGUUCCUGCCAAAGACUACAUUGUAGUAGCUCAACACGAUCGUUGGACAUUUUCAAAGAACAGUAUCUCUGUCGAUUUUGCAUGGGACAAUUACAAAGUAACUCCUGAUAUUGUUAUUAGAGGUUUCGAUGUCACUGGUUCAAUCACUUUUGACAAUGAUCCAAUGAAAGAUGUAAACUUUCACCUACUUUCAUCUUCAUUAGAUUCUAUUGUUGGUUGUAAAUCAACUUUUAAACCUUCUGAGGCAGGAUAUAAAUCAAUAUGUUCAGUUAAAAGUGGAAAUGAUGGUAGAUUUGUAUUCUCAAAUGUACCAUGUGGAAAGUAUAAAUUGGUGGCACAGUAUCAAGGUGCAGACACCAAAUAUGAUAUUGAACCAUCUGGUUAUGAAUUUUCAGUCAGAGGUGGAGAUACUAGAACCGAUCAAGUAUUUGAAAUCAAAGGUUUCUCUGUCUCUGGUAGAGUUGUCAAUCAUUUAAAAGAAGGAAUUUCAAAUGCAAACAUAUUAGUAAAUGGUAAAAAAUUGACCAAUACUGAUGAUAAUGGAUAUUAUACAUUGGAACAAAUUAAAACUGGAACAUAUAAGAUUCAAGUUGAAAAGGAUCAUUUAACAUUUGAACAAUUGGAUCAAAAGAUGACACCAACUAAACCGGUAUUACCAGAUAUCAUUGUAAAGACAUAUGAUGUUUGUGGACAAGUAUCAGUGCCAACACCACCAACAGGUGUAAAGGUCAAUCCAAGAGAGAUUACAUUGCAACAAGGUAAAUCCAAUGAAAAGAGUGAAAAGAAAUUGACCGAAGCAAAUGGAAAGUUUUGUUUCCAAGUUGCACCUGGUACCUACACUGUUUCCAUUGGUUUAUCGGCACAAGAGAAAUCAAAGGGAUUACACUUUGUAUCGCAAUCAAUUACCACUACCAUCACCAACAAACCACAAUUAGAGUUGGUAUUUUCACAGACUCGUGCCACCGUAUCUGGUCGUAUCAAACCAAUCACCCCAUUACAAGAAUUACCACAGUCAUUGAUUGUAACUCUUCAACCAACCUCUAGAACUGGUGAAAAGACAAAUGCAGUCCUAUCACUCUCAAAGAAUGGUGGUAAUGACAUUACCUUUACUUUCCGUGACCUAUUACCAGGUACCUAUAAAAUUAUUGCUCAAAAUUCUCAAUGGUGUUGGUCUAAUAAUGAAAAAUUAAUUGAAUUAAUUGAUACAGAAGAAAAGAAUGAUAUUGAAUUUAAUCAAAAUGGAUAUAGAUUUGAAAUUAAUUCACCACAUGAACAAGUAUCAUUGACUCAUCAAUUUGAAGAUCAAAAACAACAGACGGUUGCAUUGAAAAAAGGAGACAAUGAAAUUUGUUUACAAGCUGGUAAACAUCAAUUCAAUGUUAAAUCAUGUUUCCAAUUUGAAAAGAAUUCUUUUACCGUUCAUGCUAGAGGUGAUAAACCACCAAUUCAAAAGAUGGUAUUAAAGAUUGAAAAGAUGCAAUUGGAUGGAACUAUUAAAGUUGAAAAGGUUGAAAAGGACUUAUUACCAUCAAGUAUUGAUGUUAAUGUUUACAAGUCUGCUGGUGGUGAACAUACUUCUCGUACACUUUUAACUACUGUCAAGGCUGUUUAUGACUCUUUGUCAUCAUUGUACAAGUUUACUUUUAUGUCUAGUUUUGGUGACCAAAUCGAGUUUGAACCAGUUGACUCCAAGUCAUCUACAACCUCUAAACUAUUGUUUUAUCCACAAUCAAGACUAGUCUUGAUCGAUUCAAACAAUUGUCUUCCAGAGAUUGAAACGAUUGUAGCUAGACCAGGUUUGUUUAUUCGUGGCAAGGUCAAUCCUCAAACAGCCAACGUCGAUAUCACCACUUACAAGGGUAAUGACGAGGUUGCCGAAGUAACUGUACAAACCAAUGAAAAGGGUGAAUAUGUAGUUGGUCCAUUAAAGGAUGACGCCGAAUACACUCUCAAGGCAUCGAAACCAGGUUUCCAUUUCAAAAAGGAAAGUGAUUCCAACAACUUUAAUGCUAUUCAAUUGGGUAGUUUGGUUGUUAAUAUCAUCGAUUCUGUCACCAAACAACCUAUUCAAGGUGUAUUGUUGUCGGUCAGUGGCGAAGGAUACCGUUCCAAUUUGAGAUCACCAGUCAAUGGUUCGAUUGGAUUCUUUGGUUUGUUCCCAGGCCAAUACUUUGCCAAAUCUUUGCUCAAAGAGUACACUAUCAGCCCAUCUUCAUUGACGAUUGAUAUUGAACAAGGAAAGCAAAAGACUAUCGAGUUGGUAGCCACACGUGUCGCAUUUAGUGUGUUUGGAUCUGUUAAAUCGUUGAAUGGCGAUCCACAGCAAAAGGUGGCUGUUCAAGCCCUUGAAGGCGACAGUUUGAUCAUCGUCGAAGAGACUACUACCGAUCCCUCUGGCAGCUACCGUCUACGUGGUUUAAUGCCAGGUCGUUCAUACACUGUCCGUAUAGCAUCAUCUGAUGCAGAACAUCAAGGUACAGCCAUCCCAUCAAGUCACACUGUCACUGUUGCCAAGGACGAUGUUGAAAACACAGACUUUAUCAUUGUUGCUCAUCCCUCUUUAGCAUCAUUCUUUUUGUCUGGUGAUGUGGUUGGUGUCGAACGUUCACAAUUAGCCAAUCUACGUGCCAACUUGUAUUUACAAAAAGACCAUUCACUCUACCGUCAAUUGGAUCUUGGAUUUGCAACCUUUUUCGAUUUUGGUUCGAUUCCACUCACCAACAACUAUCUAUUACGUAUCGAGCACACCAAGAUUGGAGUUAUCUCUAAAGAAAUUCCUGUUGGUGGUCAAGGUGAAAAGUCGGUUCGUCAUGUCACUGUCAAUGUACAAAUGCCACAAAAGCAGCAGUCCUCCUCCUCUAGUCAUUCGUCAUCUCAUAUUGAUUCAACAGCCGAUCAUUCAGUUCCAAUUGCAGGUCUUUCCUUUUUCGUAUUUGUAGUAUUGUCUGUACUCUAUCCAACCAAGGUAUGGGAAACACUCAAAUCCAUCAAAAAUGGAACCAUCCUUAAAAAGAUCAAAGCUCAAGUACGUGGUAAUCAUUCUGGUCAACAAAACUCUGAAAAUUAUCUUUCCUCUAAAGAUAUGUAUAAACCAAACAAAGAUAAAGCUAAAAUUAAAAGAAAAUAA